AUGCAUACUGACCUUACAUUUACACUAGAGCUUGUGGAGGAGCUAGGCCGACUUAAAUUGGCGAAUGCGCUUGCAAAAGCAGUUGACAUUGAUACACAGGCCCCAGUUCGUGGCGGGCAACGUGGUGGGUCUCGUGGGGGUGGACAUCGUGGAGGUGGUCAAGCUGGUCGUAGCCGUACGACCGAGUCGGCUCCCAUCUACGAGGAAGGGAAUGAGGAGGGUGUAGAAGAGGCAUGGCUUGGCACUGAUUGGGUACUGUCUGAUGACGACGGCAGGACACCGCGAUGCACGCCUGGCGAUGGUGCUGGGCCAUCCCAUAGCGUCGAUCAUCAGGGCACUGUUCCAGCCCACACUACAUCCCAUGGUGCUAGCACGGACUUUGAGGGCCCUCCUCGUAUGUCGCCCCCAGUUUUCAGUGGAUCUGCCCAUGAUGGUGGAUGCAUAUUUGUCCCCACACCAGGCAUGCCCACCCCACCUCUAGUGCAUGUGGACCCCACCAUGUCAGCUCCAUCUCAAACCCCCCAUGGAGAGGCUGUACAGAUUGAGCAGAUACCGGCUGAGGACAUUGAGCCCGUGGAGGCUUUGCGGAGAUCGCGACGCCCGCGUGCGCAUGCUCCCGAUUGCGGGACCGGUGAUGGUAAGAUUAGACCUGUCAGGGCAUAUGGGCGGAAACGAAAAGAUCAUUAAAUGCCUUAGUGUAUGCUUAUACUUCCUGCCUA